UAGACGCAGAGAGAUGAAGAAAAAAAGCCACAGAGAACACAAAAUGGAAAAUAUACAUAUAUAACUCAGAAUUAUUGUUUAACAAAAGGAUGAAUAGUUUUUAAAAAUUACGCCUGAUAGAUAGAUAGGUAGAUAUAAGUGAAUUAUUAUCAAUCUUGUGACAACCAUAACAACAAGCAGUCUCGGUGGAAGGAAUAACAGCAACAGAGAACUUAUUGAAGCUGUGUAGCAGCCGCCAUUAUCUUUCGUGGAUUGUUUAAAACAAAACAAAAAAAACUACUUUUCGGAUAUUUAUUUUACAGUAUUCCGAUUAACUCUCUGAAGUAAAAGCACAUUCUUCUCCAUUAUUGAAGCAUAAAACGAUUAUACAAGUGUGUGUUUUUUUAAAAAAAAAAUUGAUUCAAUUACUCCUAUGAAUACAUUAUUUCCAUAUCCUUUAAGAAUUCCAUCUUUUACGGACUUCUAUGAUCAUAUUAUGUCGUCUCAACAAAAUGCCAGCAUGUCUUCACCGUGUUCUUCAUCUCCUUCGAUAUUAUUAUCAACUUCAGGGGCAUUGUUGAAUACUGCUAAUACAAGUAAUACUACUACUACCGUCAGCCCUUUUAUCCCUACACCAACGCCAACAUCUACAACAAACCUACCUAGUCCAUAUAAUCUUGCUGUGGAAAUAUUCAACUCUUUAGCUUUACAUCAACACCAACAACACCAACAUCAACACCCCCAACAACUGUCUAUUGAUGAAAAGACUUUGAGUAAACUUCAUACUCAAUCAUCAUCAUCAUCAUUAACCCCAUCACCAACGACAUUACAGAAUUUAUCUCUUCAACUGUUAAAUAUGACUAAUUCUACGUUGAAUACAAUUCAGAGUAGUGGUGGUAGUAGUAGUAGUAGUAAUAAUGAUCUUUCGAGUUAUCCUAUGCAUCAUUUACGGUCUAAUGCUCAUUGGAAUAAUAAACAUACUACUGCUAAUAAUAACAAUAUUAAUAAUAAUAAUAAUAUAGUGACCUUCCUUUAUUAUCCUCGUCGUCUCCAUCUUCUUCGACAAUAUCGACAGAGACAUCCUCGACGUCAUUAGCAUCAACAACGACUACAUGCCAACAUUCUAGAGUUGCAUGCAAUCGAAUUGAGGAUUUAUCAACUUUACAACAAGAUAAUAAUAAUAAUACCAUUUUAAAUACUUAUGAAAGUUUAGCCUCAUGGUCGUCUGCCCUGUCCACUGCUUCACCAAGUGCUGUUGCUGCCUUUCAACAUGCUUUAGGCCAAUUGGCUUUACUCGGCUUAUCAUCUCCUUCACCGACGAAUAAUGAUCGUAUGGAAUUGAAUACUACGCCAUGUUCUAGUGAAUCAAUGCAUAAUUCAUCCAGGGAACAAACCAAUUAUAAAUUAUUGAGAAACAGUAAUAAUCAUAAUAAUAAUCUUAAUAAACAUUUUAAAGGUCAAGACUGUGAUUUCCCAACAUCUAUGCAUAAUUCAUCAGUUGUAAAUCAAGCAACAAUGUAUAAAAAAUCUGAAGAAGGCAGUAAAAUAAUUAUUCGUCAAACUGCAGACGCAGAUGAACAUUUCUUCAAAGCAUUAAGAGGAUUAAAAGUAGACGUUUCAACGGAUUUUAAUUCAUCUGACUUACAAAAGCAACCAACAUUUGCUGAAGUCUACAAUAAACCGUCAACACUUUCAACGCCAACCAAGUCAUCAUUUCAUUUAUGUGAUUCUAGUCAAGAAACAUUUAAACAAGAAGAUGGACAAAUAGAUGAUGAGGAGAAGAAGGAGAAAGAGAAGACAAAGGCAAAGAAAAAGAAACACCAACAUCAACACCAUGAACAACAACAACAACAACAACCACAAAACCAACACCAACAACGUUCAGCUGCAGAAAUGGCUGUAGAUGAACACUUUGAAAAGUCUUUAGCAGCAUUUCGUGCCUCAACAUCUUUAAAAAAAUCAACUAACCAUCAACUACUACACAAUGAUCCUAUGAAAUCCAAAUUAGAUUUAUCUCAUUCCAUAAAUAAUACUUCAAUAAAUGUAUCAUUGAAUUCUGAUAUCUAUUCACAGAAUGACAAGUCACUGAUAGUGAAUGCUCCUCCUAAAGUCCAACACAAAUCAUUACAAACAGUUCCAAGAGGUGAAAGACAUGCUGUGAAUUCUUUGCUGCAUUAUAAUACAACUAAGCCAAAUUCAAAUCCUAAUUUAACAACAUCAUUCGAUAAUACACAAUUUUAUCCGCUAACCAGCUCAUCAGCAUCAUCAAGACAAUCAACAAAUUUUAUUGAAAUUAAUGAUGAAAAUGGUGUAGUCGGUGUAUCCUCGUUAUCAUCGUCAUCGUCAUCAUCCUCGUCAUCCUCGUCCUCGUCGUCAUCAGCAUCAGCAUCACAAGUUCAUAGUCCUCCUGUGACUACAAAUCGUUUUAAAUUAAAAUUUGCAUCAUCAUCAACUUCGCUGCCACCAUUAUUUCCAAUUAAUUCAUUUAAACCUAAAAAAAAUUGGCUUGCUCAAUACGACUGGAGAUAUCAACAGUCAGAGACAACAAAUCAAAGUCCAACAACACCAAAUACAAAUCAAUCAAUAUUUGAUUCAUUUGGCUCAUCGCCAUCGUCAUCUUCAGUGAAUAUAACAACUGGUGAAAGUGUAGAAGAUGUACAACAGAUAUCAAAUUUAUCAAUGCCUAAAUUACAUAUUAUCUCUGAGUUAUGUAAUACAAUGACAUCAAAUAAUACUAGUAAUAAUAAUAAUAAUAACAAUAAUAAUAAUGACGCUGAGGAUGACGUUGGCGAUGAUGAUGACGAGGAGAAUAACAACGAUGGGUUGUCUACAGAAGAAGCUCCAGAUAUUAGAAAUGAUCAAGAUUAUACGUUUGAUUAUACCGCCAAUGAACACUGUAACGCAAACGAUGAUAAUAAUAAUAGCACAGAUAAACAAUACGUAUUGAACACUUUAACAAAAUCUUCAUUUGUUAAAAAUUCUUUAAAUGAACAAGAAGAUGACUAUAAACAUGAAUCAAAAGAAGAAUUAAUCAUUUAUGAAGAUAAUUCUAAAAGUGAAUCUUCAAAAGAAACAAAUAAGAAUACACAAGAUACAUCCAGUGGCAUGAAUAACAAGUCGAAAAGGUCUAAGCAUAAUUUCAAUUGGAGUUUAUCUACUUCAAUCUCAUCAUCCCCUACAUUUCAUGAUAAUGAUCAAUCCUCUGAAGAUCAUCAUCACCAUCACCAUUCAACAGGGGAUUUCUUCAAUCAUGGUUCUACUUAUAGUUUAGACUCUUCAACAAUAAUCAAUUCAGGAUCAGCACAACAAAACAAUGAUACAAAGAUAGUAAACAUUACUGAGAAUAAUAACACCAGUACUAUUCAUCAAGCCGAUAGAAUGAAAGAUGAAGGUAGCAAUGCAUGUUCAAGUGUACAACAAUUUCAAUCUUAUCAAAAUUAUGACCAUCACACUAGCCAUCGUCAACAGCAACAACAACAACACCAACAACAGAAAUUUAUCAAUGAAGUCAAUGAUAAAUUUGAUAGUGAUGAAAUAUUACAUAAUUCAUGGAGUCUACGUAAACGUGUCUCCUCUGAAGUUAGUCCAUGGUCUACAUUAAAACGAUCUAGAUCUGUACUGACCUCUCCAAGUUUAAAUAGUGAUCAAUGUUCCGUAAAUAUUGCCUCGUCAAAUGAAUUUUCUUUUGAUGAAGUCAUCAAUGAAGAAUAUGAAAUGCAUAAUAGUAAUGCUAAUAGUAAUAUGAACGAAAGAGGUUUCGUCCACAGCAAAUCAAUGGAUAGUACUUUAAAUCCAUUCGAUGAUAGUACUACUACUACUACUAAUAAUAAUAAUUUACGAUUAUCUAAAUAUAAUCUAUCAAAUGAUAAUGAAAACUUAAACGAACAGAAGAAAACUCACAGUGAACCAAAUGUACCUAAAAGUGGAGAUAAUAAUAUGAAUGAUGAAAAAUCACUGAUCACUAGUACAUCAUCAUCACCAACAUCAUCAUCAUCCUAUCCAUCAUUCCGUCAAGUUGAAAGAAAAUCCCAGCACCAUCCUCAACCUCAUCGUCAUCAUCAUCAUCAUCGUCAUAACACUUGAUUCUGUCAAUUUGAAACAACUGCCUUUUAAAUUUGUAUAAUAAUUAAAACAAAAAUUAAAGUGAAAAAAACAAAAAUAAUGUAUAUUUAAGAUCUCGAUGAUGAUAAAGCACUGUGAGCUAGAGCAUCAAAAUUAUCCGGUGGAGUGAAGCGUACUUUGAAGUUAUUUUUUAAUAUAUAAAUAUUUUUCUCCCUUUAUUGAACCUUCUUUCUUGUUGUUGUUAUUGUUUUUUAGUUUGUUUAAAGCAUCCUGAGAAUGAUGUUAAGUUGAUAUUAGUAAUCUCUUCUUCUUCUUCAUUAUCGUCAUUUUCUUCUUCUUUUGAGCCUGUUAAUGAAUGAAUCAUUAUGCACUUUCUCUUAAUCAGUCAUCAUAUACUACUUAUUUAAAACUAAGUAACUAUGUAACUAUUUAGAAUAAUAUUUCGACUAUAAAGUAUUUUAAAAGGAUUAUUAUUAUUAUUAUGCUUGAAACACGUCUUUCCUUUGUAUUGUUGAAUAUUUUCUGAAAAUGAAUUUUAUCACUAUUACUGUUAUUCUUCUUCCUAAUAUUUGUCAAUAUACAUAUAUACUACUUAUAUCACUUAUUAACAAUAUUGUGUAUUUAGUUAAAAAAAUCAGUAUAUUCGUAUCAACUUGCGUAUUAUUAUUAAUACUUGAAUUAUAUAAUGUUAUCGAAUUUAUAAAAUGUCUCACUUAAAUCAGUCUGUUUAUGAAAUAGGAAUGAAUUACUUUGAUGUAAAAAUGUCUAAUUAACCUAUUAUGCAACAUUAUGUAACAUUUAUGCCAAAACAUUAAUAUUUUCCUUUCUUUCUUCUUGUCAAAGUAAAUUUUUGAGAAACACUAUAACAAUGUUAAUUUUAACACACAUUAUGUAUAUGUACGUGUGUGUGUGAUUGUGUGAGUGUUUCGUCUGCUGUUUUAACUCUUCAGUGUCUUAAAUUGUGUUUUCGUUAAACUGAUAAUUUGUACAUUACAGAUGUGAAGAGUUAAAAUACCAAAAAAAAAAUAUGUAUCGAUC